GGAAGUGACGGCUUUUUCAUGGACGCUGUCACGUCUCCAAGUUCUAUUUUUAGAUGUAAUAAUAACCACCCCUCCUAACUUUUGGACUUGCAACAUCAAAACCAAGAGAUCUCGUUGCCCUUGCUGUCUGAUAAUGAUAAUUGGCAGUAGAAGAUUGAAAUGGAGUAAUGGACUCACCGUGUUUCAGCUUAAAGUUGUAGGAGAAGACAGAGGGAGUACUAUGGGGAAAGGCAGCAGGGUUUCGAGGGCUCUAUUUGGAGGUUUUGUAUUAGUGGGAGUCAUUUGGUUACUUUGUGUUGGAAUAAUGAGAGACAAUGGUAGUGUAGCCUUGACGACUUCGACAACAACAUCACAUGAUGAUUUUGAGCAUUUGACUUGGACUGGAAGGGCGAAUAAUCCUGAUCAUAGUCGUCGGAAUCUGGGUUUCCAUUUCGUGAGCAAGAGAAGAGUACCUAAUGGUCCUGAUCCUAUCCACAACAGGAGAGCAGGCAAGUUUAGGCAACCCCCUGGUCGAGCCUAAACGGUGCCAAGGAGACCAUGGCAGGCCUCAAACUAGUGAGGAAAGCAAUCUGUGAGAUGAUUUGUUAAUAUUUUAAUUAGUUCCCUUUCAACCACUAGAAAAUUUUUGGCUGAAAAUGUGCUCGAGGGGGGCACAGAUUUGUUAUUGUUAGGUUCUGUUACAUUUUCUUUGUCAGUUAAUGGUGAUCAUGCCAUUCUCGCAGAUUCUAUGGUAUUCCCUUGUUCUGUUAUACUCUUUUUAAAAAAUAUAUAUAUAUAGUUGCUCCUGCAUAAUGAUUUUGA